AUGGUCGCCGCCAGCACCUUUUGCGCGGCCACCAUUGGCCUCCUGGCCAUGGCUGCCGCCGCCGCAACAGCAAGCAAUGUCAUUACCGACGACACGUACUUUUACGGCCAAUCGCCGCCCGUGUAUCCCUCCCGCAAGUCUCCCCAUGCGGACAUGGCUGCCACCGGCAGCGCGUGGGCCGACGCCUACGCCAAAGCAAAGGCCCUCGUCGGCCAGAUGACGCUCGAAGAAAAGGUCGGGCUCACAAACGGCGUCAGCGUCGACAAUGGCUGCCCCGGCAACGUCGGCAACGUCUCCCGGCUCGGCUUCCCCGGCAUGUGUCUGGGCGAUGCCGGCCAGGGGCUGCGCGGCACGGACUUUGUGAGCUCCUUUCCGAGCGGCAUCCACGUCGGAGCCAGGUACGUCGCGCGUCCCUUUCUUCAGCCACACAUUUCAUCCUUUGCACUCGGGACGCUGACAACAGAUAUCGGGGGGGGUAAUAGCUGGAACAAGGACUUGGCGGCCCGCAGAGCCGCGGCCAUGGCCGACGAGUUCAAGAAAAAGGGCGUCAACGUGCUCCUUGGGCCGGUCGUUGGGCCGGCGUGGCGCGUCACGCUCAGCGGCCGCAACUGGGAGGGCUUCGCGGCGGAUCCGUACCUGUCCGGCUCGUUGGCUGCGCAGACCGUCAUGGGCAUUCAAGGUCAGGGCGUCAUUACCAGCACAAAGCACUUUAUUGCAAAUGAGCAAGAGACCAACAGAAAUCCCAGCGGGGAUGUUCAGUCUGUAUCCUCCAACAUUGACGACAAGACGAUGCACGAGCUGUAUCUUUGGCCCUUUCAAGAUGCCGUCCACGCCGGGACCGGCAACAUCAUGUGCUCGUACCAGCGCAUCAACAACUCGUACGGCUGCGCCAACAGCAAGACGCUCAACGGCCUGCUCAAGACGGAGCUCGGCUUCCAGGGCUUCGUCGUGUCCGACUGGGGCGCCCAGCACACGGGCUACGCCGGCGCCCUGGCCGGCCUCGACAUGGCCAUGCCCGACACGGGCUCCUUUUGGGGCGCCAAGCUCGUCGAGGCAGUCCGGAACGGCUCCGUGCCCGAGUCGCGCGUCAACGACAUGGCCACCAGAAUCCUCACCCCGUGGUACCAUUUCAAGCAGGACCAAGCAUUUCCCAACCCAGGGUUCGGCAUGCCCAAAGACGUCACCAAGCCGCACGCCGUUGUCGACGCCCGCGAUCCCGCCGCCAAGCCCGUCCUGCUCGCCGGCGCCGUCGAGGGCCACGUACUCGUCAAAAACACCAAAAACACGCUCCCGCUGACCAAGCCGCGUCUGCUGUCCGUCUUUGGCUACUCGGCGCGGUCGCCCGACCUCUCCGGGCCGGGCCCGGGCAUCAAGCUCUUGCAGUGGCAGCUCGGCGCGGAAGCCAUUGACGCCAACGAGGCCGUGGCCGGCGCCAUCGGUCGCGCGGACCGCGUGUCGGCCAUUGGCAUCAACGGCACGCUCUUCUCCGGCUGCGGCUCGGGCGCCACGACGCCGGCGCACGCCCUCGCGCCGCUCGACGCCCUCAAGAUGCGCGCGUACCAGGACGGCACCGCGCUCUUCCACGACCUGGCCUCGGCGGCGCCCGUCGUGGACCCGGCCUCGGACGCGUGCAUCGUCUUUGGCAACGCGUUUGCCUGCGAGGCGUACGACCGCCCGGCGCUGCACGACGCGUACACGGACGACCUCGUCCGCGCCGUCGCCGACCGCUGCCCCAAGACCAUUGUGGUCCUGCACAACGCCGGCCCGCGCGUCGUCGACGCCUUCAUCGAGCACGACAACGUCACCGCCGUGCUGCUCGCCCACCUGCCCGGCGAGCAAUCCGGGCCGGCCCUCGUCGCGCUGCUCUACGGCGCCGCCAACCCGUCCGGCAAGCUGCCCUACACGCUCGCCCGGAACCAGAGCGACUAUCCGGCCCCCGGCCCCAGCAGCACGCCGCCGUCUGGCGACCGCUUCGCCCACUUCCCGCAGUCCAACUUCUCCGAGGGCGUGUACACCGACUACCGCCACUUUGACCGGCAGGCCAUUGCCCCGCGCUUCCCGUUUGGCUUCGGCCUGAGCUACACGACGUUUGGCCUGGCGGGCGCUGCGGUGCGGCGCGUCGCGGGGGCCGCUGCCACCACCGUGGACGAGUAUCCCACGGGCGCCGUGAUCCCCGGCGGCCGCGCGGACCUCUGGGACAACCUGGCCGUGGUCACGGUCGAGGUGCGCAACACGGGCGGCGUGCACGCCGGCGCCGAGGUCGUGCAGCUGUACGUGGGCAUGCCUCCCGCCGGCGAGGACGCGCCGCCCUGGCAGCAGCUGCGCGGCUACGAAAAGGUCUACCUGCAGCCGGGGGAGGCGAGGACGGCGUCGUUUCCGCUCACCCGCCGCGACCUGAGCGCGUGGAACGUCGAGACGCAGCAGUGGCAGCUGCGGCGCGGGACGUAUACGUUGGCGCUGGGCACGAGCAGCAGAGACUUGCCGCUCAAGGUCUCUUUGGAGAUUUAG